AUACGAUAUCCUCGCAGCUGCUGUUAUCGUCUGCAAAUUUACGCAAGUGUCAGUGUCUCUCAAACCGUCGGUGGUGGAGCACGUUCAUUCUUGUUGAAGAUCUUUGACCAUGUUGCCCUCGAGGAUUCUUCGACAGCUGUUGAGUAAUGGCAGUGGUCUCAAAAGUGCCCGAUCCACUGCCAUAGGGUUCCGCUGGUCUUCGUCCCUCACAGGCAAUGAGACGCUAGCAGAGGAUGACCCCGAGGUGUGGCAGCUUGUGCAGCAGGAGAAAUACCGGCAGAAGAGAGGGUUGGAACUCAUUGCCUCAGAAAACUUCUGCACGCGAGCUGGGCUUGAAGCAUUAGGGUCGUGCUUGAACAACAAGUACUCUGAGGGCUAUCCAGGCCAGAGGUAUUAUGGUGGCACAGAUAUCAUCGACAAGGUUGAGGUUCUGUGCCAGAACCGAGCUCUGCAGGCUUUCCGACUAAAUUCAGAAGAGUGGGGUGUAAAUGUGCAGCCAUACUCUGGGUCACCAGCAAACUUUGCAGUCUAUACUGGGCUCCUAAAUCCCCAUGACCGCAUUAUGGGCUUGGAUCUCCCAGAUGGUGGACAUUUAACACACGGCUUCAUGACGGAUACAAAGAGAAUUUCGGCAACAUCCAUCUACUUUGAGUCAAUGCCAUAUAGGCUCGACCCCAGCACAGGACGCAUUGAUUACGACAAACUCCAUGAGUCUGCUCGGCUUUUCCGCCCAAGAAUGAUUAUUGCAGGUGCUAGUGCAUAUGCGAGGCUGAUUGAUUACAAGAGGAUGAGAGAGAUUUGUGAUGAAGUGAAGGCAGUCCUGCUGGCAGACAUGGCCCACAUCUCUGGGCUGGUUGCCGCCAAUAUCAUCCCCUCACCCUUUGACUACUGCCAUGCAGUCACCACUACCACCCACAAGACACUACGAGGACCCAGGGCUGGACUGGCCUUCUACCGUCGUGGUGUAAAGUCGAUCAGUAAGAAGACAGGAAAGCCAAUUAUGUAUGACCUUGAGCAGCGCAUCAACUCUGCACUCUUCCCCGGCCUUCAAGGGGGUCCCCACAACCAUGCUAUUGCUGGGGUUGCUGUUGCACUGAGGCAGGCUAGUACACCAGAAUUCCGGGCAUACCAGGAACAAGUAGUGAGCAACUGCCACACGAUGGCAGAAGCACUGAUGAAGCGAGGGUACAAUCUGGUUUCAGGUGGAACAGACAACCACCUGGUUCUGGUAGAUCUACGUCCAAAAGGUCUUGAUGGAGCUACAGUUGAGACCAUCUGCAACAUGUGCAAUAUCACUGUCAACAAGAACUCUGUUCCUGGAGACAAAAGUGCUUUGUCCCCAGGUGGCUUGAGAUUGGGGACACCAGCUCUUACUUCUCGCAACUUCAAGAAUGAGGAAUUUGAGAUUGUGGUAGACUUCCUGGAUCGCGCUUGUAACAUUGCUUAUGAAGUUAUCCAGAAAGCUGGAAAGAAAUUGCCCGCUUUCAAGGCCACACUGGAGAGCGAGCCAGAGUUCCAGGAGAAGGUGAAGGCACUGCAGGCUGAAGUUAAUGAAUUUGCACUGAAGUAUCCUAUGCCAGGAUUUGAUGACCAUUAAGUUGUUUUAUCAGAAGGUGACUGCCUUGGUCGUUUAUUUUAUUUGUAAGAUUUUCUAUAAGGUUGUGUUACUUUUUUCUGAGCUGUGCUGAACAUGUCUGAUAAAAGGCAUUUUUCAUGUAAUUAUUGUUUAGAUUUUUCUUUUUCAUGUUAAGUACUUGGUGAUGUUUUCUUGUUAUUUUGUAAAACUGUUAAUUGUGUGUGAUUUUUGUACACCCACAAAAUUGUAGAAAAGGACAUAUGUAAAAGUUUUCAUUUUGCAUAUGAUGUAGUGUGGAUGCAUUUGAAUUCUUCCCUAAAUUUUAGGGAAUAUUCAGAUAUUGGUGGUGUGGAAGUCAAAGGAACUGCCACUCAGUUGAAACUAGUCUCACUGAUAUGCUCUGUAAAACAGCUGAUUAUAUCAUGUGCCAUACUUGUCAAGCAGGCAACUCUGAGUAGAAAAAGUGUGCAAUUGUAUUUUAUGGAAAUAUUUUAGAUUAGUGAAAGGUUAUUUUGUAUGACGGACAGAUCAUGGAUUUAUUUUUUUUUAUUUCUAUUAAAUUCUGAGAGAUGAAUUGUCUCUUUUAACUGACGUUUUUUGGCAGUGUUUCCAAUGACUGAAUGCUGAAUACUGAGGUGAGUGCUUGGAAAUGUUUUGUAAAUUAAAAAGAAUAAAAGAUUUAUUUUUGACAUGACCAACAAUUCAUAAUCAUUAUUAUUGUAAUCAGGCACUCAAGAUUGCAAUAAACUGUAAAUGAACUGCUUGUAAA